CACACGAAUGUUGAAACGCGGCUUAUUUUGUUCUUUCUUUUAAAUCUCGUCUGUCUGGUAAGACGUUUGCUCUUUGUUUGCCAGUUUCCUCGCGCGGUCAAACAUCCUCCAUACAGCGGUUUCGCCAAAAGCAGCGCACCUGAGACAAAACCUAAGUUGUUUUGACAUAAAUAACUUAACAGGCACACAACGGAGUGUUGUUAAUCUGCUUCUCAUCCCCCUGUCUGAUUUUAAGCCAGUCCUACUGAGACAAACGGACAUUAGAGGCGGUCUCGUUCUCAGGACUCCCUUCUCUUUGUGUUUCAGCAGCUUACUGUAACAUACUCCGUCAGCAGCCGGAUAUUUUUACAGUUCUGGAUUUAAUCGUCAAACUUUUCUCAUCCAAAAUGAGGUUUAAACGGAACGGUUCGUACACCUUAAAUAGGAAAUCCAAAACGAAGUCCAAUGGAAAGAAAGCACCCGCUGAAGAGAAGAAGCACUACAUGGAGCCAGAGUACACAAAAGUGCGGGUCGUGGACUUCGACCUGAAAGAUUUGGUGUCGCUUCCCACCAAAGAGAUCGACCUCAACGAAUGGCUCGCCAGCAACACAACAACCUUCUUCAAUCUCAUAAAUCUGCAGUAUAGCACAAUCUCAGAGUUUUGCACUGGGGACACAUGUCAAGCCAUGACGGCCUGCAAUACGAUAUACUACUGGUAUGACGAGAGGGGGAAGAAGACGAAGUGCACAGCGCCUCAGUAUGUCGACCUCGUCAUGACUUUUGUGCAGAAAUUAGUGACAGAUGAAGAAAUCUUUCCCACAAAAUACGGCAAAGACUUUCCCAACUCGUUCGAGUCUCUGGUGAAGAAGGUCUGCCGGUAUCUGUUUCACGUGUUGGCUCACAUCUACUGGGCUCACUUUAAAGAGACCGUGGCUCUGGAGCUGCAGGGACACUUGAACACACUGUACGCACAUUUCAUCGUCUUCAUCAGAGAAUUCAACCUGGUCGAGCCCAAGGAGAUCUGCAUCAUGGACGACCUGUCGGAGGUGCUGUGCGCCCCCCUGCCGCCCCAUACACACAAUCACGUGACCGAGAGAUGAGCCUCGAGGACGACGAAUCGCGCGAGGCCUCCUCGGACGGGCCCCUCCGUCACUAUUUCUCCUGAGAACUGAUCAAAAGAUGGGGCUGAGGGCCGGCGGUCUGCAGUUCUCGCACCAGCACAGAUUGGUGUGAAUGUUUCCUACAGGACGAAACAAUCUGUCUCCAUUCUCAUUUAUACAAAAACAAUGUAUAUUUUACUUUGCAUUUUUAUUAUCGUUUUUUUUUAU